CAGUCACACGUGUGUUUAUAGUUAAAUUUCAGGAAAAUAUGUAAUAAAAUAGUGUUAAGACUACUUAUUUAACACCAAAAAUGCUGAAGCCUAAAGAAAAACUUGACGAUCUACCGGGCUUUGAUGUGCCAACAGAUGAAACGGCACCCGAGAAUGAAUCACAAAGUAAUAAAAAGAAAAAGAAGGGGUCUGGAGGUUUCCAGUCGAUGGGGCUAAGUUUUCCAGUCCUCAAAGGCAUUACCAAGCGGGGCUAUAAGCAGCCGACACCUAUACAGCGUAAGACAAUCCCACUAGCGUUAGAAAACAAAGAUGUGGUGGCCAUGGCCCGGACGGGGUCUGGCAAAACUGCUUGCUUCGUGUUGCCAAUACUGGACAAGCUUGUGGCACCAACCAACAAGCCCAUGCCCGGGAAGAACUUCAGAGCCCUUAUUUUGUCACCCACCAGGGAGUUGGCUUUACAGACACUGAAGUUUGUCCGAGAACUGGGCAAAUUCACAGGCUUGUCUUCAGCUGCUAUCCUCGGUGGAGAGUCUAUUGAGCAGCAAUUCAGUGUGAUGUCAGGAAAGGCUCCGGAUAUUGUGGUGGCCACUCCUGGAAGAUUUCUUCACAUUUGCAUAGAAAUGAACUUAAAACUGGACAAUAUAAAAGUGAUAGUUUUUGACGAGGCGGACAGGCUGUUUGAACUGGGCUUCGGCGAGCAACUGCGGGAGAUAGUAGCUCGCCUGCCUUCUGGCCGGCAAACCCUGCUCUUCUCAGCCACGCUGCCCAAGAUGCUGGUCGAGUUUGCCCGUGCAGGCCUAUCCGACCCGGUGCUAAUCCGUCUGGACGUGGACUGGAAGCUGCCAUCAACCCUAUGGCUGGGCUGGAUCUACGUGCGAGCGGAACUGAAGACGGCAGCGCUGCUGCUGCUGCUGGAGCACGUGCUGACGGACACCACGCCGCAGGCCGUCGUGUUCGCCGCCACCAAGCACCACGUCGAGUACCUGCACAUGAUUCUCCAGAAAGCCGGGAUCUCCUCAACCUACGCGUACUCCGGGCUAGACCCAUCGGCGCGCAAGAUCGCGCUCGGCCGUUUCACCAAUAACAAAUGUUCCGUGCUCAUAGUAACGGAUGUCGCAGCGAGAGGGUUGGAUCUGCCGGCGUUGGACACAGUGAUCAAUUAUAACUUCCCGGCUAAACCUAAGCUAUUCGUGCACAGAGUCGGGCGCAGCGCCCGCGCGGGGCGGGCGGGGCGCGCGUGGUCGCUGGCGGCGGCGGGCGACGUGGCGCACCUGCUCGACCUGCAGCUCUUCCUCGCCGCCGACCUCACCCGCCCCGACCAGGUAUCCGAGUCUGGUCUGGCGUGUCCGAGCGGCGUGUGGGGCUGCAUGCCCGCCAGCGCCCUCGAGAUGCGGCACCAGGACGUCAUGGCCUGGGAGAAGAACUACAAUGAGAUCGAAGACGCAGCCCGCGUAAUGGGUCGCGGCUGGCAGCAGUACAUCAAGUGGCGCGAGCCGGCCUCCGCCGACGCCAACAAGCGUGCUAAAGCAACUACACCACCUACUUUAACACACCCGGCCUUGUUAGACGAGGGACAGAGAUCCGUGCUCGACCUGGCGGCGCAGAUCAAGAACUACACACCUAAAGGGACCAUCCUCGAAUUGGGCGUCAAACAUGACUCUCCGAUGAACGUGGCCAUGAAGACCAUGAAAAAGAAACACGGCAAACUGGUGCAGCGCGUGCGCGAGAACAAAAAACUGCAGGCUGAAGGAAUAUUGAGCAUAGAGGGCAAAUUAAAGAAGAAGGAAGUGGUUCGAGACGAGAAUUACAUACCGCACCAAGCCAGCGACCAAGUUACUGAAGUUGGCAUGGCGGUGAACUUCAACUCGGGCGCAGCGUCCGCCGAGCUGGACAUGGGCGCCGACAGCGGCGAGGCGGCGCGCGCGCACCACAACCAGAUGCGCUGGGACCGCAAGCGCAAGAAGAUGGUGCACGCAGACCAGGACGGCGGGCGCAAAAUGAUCCGAACUGAGAGUGGUGGGCGAGUCCCAGCCUCGUUCCGCAGUGGCCGCUACGAGGAGUGGCGGAAACGAAACGCUCAAGACCAGGACGAGGAUGAGGACACUAACGCCAACAGGAAACGGCCUGUAUCCGAGUUCCGUCCCCACUGGGUGAAGCACAACGAAGCCAUAGCCAAGAAGAAGUCCACGGGCUCGUCCAAAGAGUUCCGCGACAAGGGGCAGAUCGUCAAGGACCGGAUCCGCAAGGAGAAGAUCAAGCAGAAACUCAAACACAAGGUCGGCAAGAAGGGCAAGGGGAAGAAGAGGAAAUGAGAUCAAUAUAAUUAUAUUUGAAA